GGCUAGCGGCGGGAGAGGGGCGCCGUUAGCUGCCGGCCUGGCCUCGCCUCGCCCCGCUGCGGGCGCCCGCUCCCUCCGCCGGGCCAUGCGGUAGCGGGGCUGCGGACUCUCGGCCGCCAUGGAGCAGCCGCCCGGCGGGCGGCGGCUCCGCCUGGUUUCCUUGCUGAGGCUGGGGCAGCGCUCCUCGGAGGUCACCUUAGACGAGGAGCGGGGGCAGCUGGCCUGGCGCGACCCCCGCCUGCCGCGCCGCGGCGGCGAAAGCUGUUCCGUACCAACCUCUGAGAUCAUUGCUGUAGAAGAAACUGAACUUAACAAGAAACAGCGUAAUGCUGGCAAAUGGCAAAAAAUGACAAAGCCAUAUGCUUUCACAGUGUAUUACGUGAAGAAAGCACGAAAUCACCGCUGGCGGUGCAGUGAUGUGACGUUUUGGUGUAUUGAUGAGCACUUGUGUAAUCAGUGGAUACAGGCACUGAAAGAAUUACUUGAAAGGCAGAAGUCUAGACCAAAGCAGUUGCUUGUGUAUAUUAAUCCAUGUGGAGGAAAACGUCAAGGGAAGAGGAUUUAUGAACAGAAAGUUGCUCCACUCUUCAGUCUGGCUUCUAUCUCCACUGAUGUUGUUAUAACUGAACAUGCUAACCAUGCUAAGGACAAUUUAUUUGAAGUCAAUAUUAAUAAAUAUGAUGGUGUUGUUUGUGUUGGCGGGGACGGCACAUUCAGUGAAGUGAUGCAUGGUCUCAUUGGAAGAACGCAGAAGGACUCUGGCAUAGACCAAAAUAAUCCCAAAGCACCAUUAGUCCAGUGCAAUAUAAGGAUUGGCAUAAUCCCUGCUGGAUCAACAGAUUGCAUAUGCUAUUCUACUGUUGGCAUUUCUGAUCCAGUAACAUCAGCUCUUCAUAUUAUUGUAGGUGACUGUCAGCCUCUGGAUGUCUCUUCUGUACAUCAUAACAACACAUUUUUGAAGUACUCUGUAUCAUUGCUGGGUUAUGGUUUUUAUGGAGAUAUAUUAAAAGAUAGUGAAAAGAAGCGGUGGAUGGGUCCGAUGAGAUAUGACUACUCAGGCUUCAAGACUUUCCUUUCUCAUCAUUACUAUGAAGGAACAAUUUCUUUUCAACCAGCAAAACACACAUCGGGAUCUCCACGAGAUAAAGAUAGCUGCAGAACAGGGUGUUACAUUUGCAAGAAAAGUGAGCAACAGCUGGCAGAACAGCACAAGGCAUGUGGAUUAAAACAUGAAGAAGACAAAGAAGAAUGGAAGGUGAUUAAAGGGAAAUUUCUAGCCAUCAAUGCAGUAAAUAUGAGCUGUGCCUGUCCACGAAGUCCAAAAGGUCUUUCACCAGCAGCCCAUUUGGCAGACGGUUCAGCUGACCUCAUUCUAGUUCGUAAAUGCUCCAGAUUUGAUUUUCUACGGUAUCUUGUCAGACAUAAAAACCAAGAUGAUCAGUUUGACUUCUCAUUUGUAGAUGUUUAUCGGGUGAAGAGUUUUCAAUUUACAUCAAAGCUUUCAGAAGACAAUGAAAGCAAUGUCACGGACAUAGGAAAGAAACGUUUUGGCCAGUUCUGCAGAGAUCAUCCAGCUUGUUGCUGUAAUAUUGCUAAUAGCACCUGGAAUUGCGACGGAGAAACUCUGGACGGUUCAGCAAUUGAAGUGAGGGUUUACUGCCAGUUAAUGAAACUGUUUGCAAGGGGAAUCGAGGAAAACUGUAAAGAUGAAGCUGCCUACAGCCAGAGUAGUGUUGAAGAAUCACUAUAGACAUUGUUCCUCCAAUGGGGAGAAGAAAAAAUAAAAGCUCAAGGAAAUUGAGUAAAUAUGCAUUUUAGUCAAAUUGACAAGUAUUUUAAAACUUUAGAUUUUUUUUUUUAUGGCUUCAGUAUAAUUUUAGGCAACUUACUGCAUUGUGGUUUUUUUUUAAACGUAGUCAUUAAAAUAUGUCUUGGAGCAAUGUAAUCCAAGUUAUGUUAGAAAAGAGAGGAUUGGCCUAUAUAUAUGUAUUCUCGAUGACUGAUAAAUUCUCUGUGCUUUUCUAGAGAGCUAAUUUAGCAGUUGUGUUGCAAUAAUAUCUAAAUGUUAUAAAACAUUGGACUCCUCAUUGUCAUCAAACAAAGAUACCAAGAGAAGAUAUUUUUAGUCUGAGGAGACGUUUUCUGCUGGGAGUGUUAUGAAGUUGCAUGUGGCUUAAAUGCUGGACAACAAUAUUGUCAUUCUCAUCUUUUUUUUUUCUUCUUUAGUAAAACUUUUCGUUUUGUAAUUCUGACUAUACCUUGCAACUUAUCAAUGCAAUUCAAACACACAUUCCUGGCUUUAAGUAAUAUCAAUAAGAGUUUAGAGAAACUUUGAAAAAUAAAAGCACAUCUGUAUACGGAUCAUACCUAUAUAUUCUAUUUAUAAAGGCUUCCUUGCAUGAUGCUUUUUGGGAUUAUAGAUGGUUUUAUGACUGUUUGGAUGAUACCAAAUACCCAACACAGCAACUGAAAUGUCUUGCAAGCAACUCGCGGGGAAACUUACAAUACCAGGAAGGCACAGGCAAAGGAAAAUACAAGUAUCUUCUGGAACACCAGCAUGUUUUAAAUUUUUUAAAAUACCUAAAAUUAAUAUGUGAAAAGCUUCCCUCUUCAGUACACAAUUCUUUGGACGUUCUACUACAUACAUUAAAAUGUCUUUGCAAAGUAAGAUUUUUGGAAUGUGAAGUUUAAAAAUAUGAUCUGAUGAUUGAAAGCUUUUUAAAUUAUGUUUAACUAAACAAAAUGAUUUGUCAGGUCAAGGAAAGAAACUGGCAUCUGAUAAAUCACGAAUUCACUGUGCUGAUUUGUUUUUAUAGUAAAAAAACAUUAGACGAUCACAUAUAGCUACGGAGUGAUUAUUUAAGUUGUGUAUGGAUUUGUGUAUCGUGACACACAUGCUGUGUGUAGGCUUGGGGCUAAGUUUUGCUUUUCUCGUACAUAUUUAUUACUGUUUGAGCGUCAGAAGUUAGCCCCUGCUCUCUUCUAUAUUUUCUUAAGUUUGUAGUUCUCCUUAAAACUCAUUGCAUCAGAGGGUUUUUUUGUGUCUGAACAGCUAAUGAUUCUCUGUUCGUGGAUAUUUAUUGACACUGCUGUCAUUCAGCUUGUAUUAGUUUUGUCUUUCAUGUAUUUGCUCUGUGUAAGCCAUGGUGAUUAGUCAGUUUAUUACUGAAGCACUUGAAAAUUGUUAUAAAUGGCUGAUAUUUUUUUGCUAUUGGAAUUAUUUACAUUCCAGUUUUGUGUAAUAUUGAAAUGGUGUGCUAUAACUUUGCUACAGAGUAUUAUUCAUAUUGCUCUAUAUGACAAAAAGCACUUAAAGUACAGGUUUUCUUUUUCAUUAUAUAGUAUUUCAGGGAAAUACUUGAAUACUUUUCCAAAAGUGCUGCUGUUUACCUUCCAUACUAAUGCAAUGAGUUGAAAUGUUGAUUGAUCCAAUGUUUUCCAGACAUAUAUACUUGUGUACAUUUUAAAAACAUGUUUAAUAAGUGAAAUAGUAUUUUGACCAUGAAGAUCUCAUUGAAAAUGAGAUUACGCAGUUCUACAAAUGCAAAUACGUUUUGAAAGUGUUGUUUGUUUAAAGAGUUCUACAGUUAUUUUGGUCUAUCCAUGAGUACACAGACUUCAAAUUACUGUAAUUCUUGUGCAGGGUGUGAUGGUGCACACUCAGCUCACCAACAGAUGAGGGCAUGUAUCAGGCGUGACAGCAGUCCAGAUCCCGUUCUCAUAAAUGAGAACAGGAGUAAAUCCUAACCAGCUCUUUCCAUUAAUUUACUAGCAAGUCAUGAGACCCUUGCCUGAUGACUUGAAAAAUGGAGGCUUAAUCUAGUUACGAAUGUCUGUUGAAAUGCUUUGAGUAUUUUUUAUAUCUAAAACUGAGUGCUUGGUGUUUCCAGAGACAGCCACAGUGAAGGCCCUCUUUCUGAGAAAUGAGCCACCGGAAAAGAAGGAGAAAAGAUCAUUCUGAGGCAUGGUAAUGAAGUGUGAAGUAAAUAAUGAAGGUGUUGCAAGAGAAAAUGAAAAGGUCUUAGGUAAUAGAAAAAGCUGUAUAGUUGCAUUUGAAUAAUUCUAUUUGUAGCAUAUUAUACUAGCAAAGCACCAUAUGUGAGUUGUAUGACGUGUCCAGUUUAUUUUCAAGAAGAGAGCUGCAUAGGUGUGGUGUCUGCCUACAUUUUAAUUCUGAUUAUUUUUUCCCUGAAUGUAGUCUCAGUAUGGAAAUUGUGUAUAGGAAAACCAAGUUCAAAUUCCCCCUCCCCCCCAAUCUUGCUGGCUUCAAGAUUAGAAAAUAUGUUCUGUUUUAUGAUGUUAGGACAUUUCAUUGGAAAAAUAAAAUUAUGGCAUACAGCAA